AUCAGAAGACUCUACCCGCUCGGGUUCGGCAAGGAGGUCCAGCUUGCCAAGCGGGAGUUCCGUAGCGUAGUCCGUCGAGCCAAACGGCUCUUUUGGCGGAAUCUCAUCGACAGUUUUUCAGACAGCCGCUCUGUACUCAAGGCCGUCCGAUGGCUGAGAUCACCGGGGACCUUCCAGCCGCCUCCACUACAAGUCGGCGAUGAGGUCUUCGAAACUCAGCUUGACAAGGCGAACGCACUCCGGCGUGCCACUCUGGAGCGCCGGACCGCAGAGGACGAUAUUUUGCAUCGUAUAUAA